UUUAACAUUGAACAUUGGUUAUGUUUGAUAUUCAAUUGUUUUUAAUGUAUAAUAUAGAAGUUUGAUCAUUCAAUGUUCAGUUCUUUCAACAAGAAAGUCAACGAAGAGAAUGUCGUUUUUUCGAAUUUAUUGGCUUCGACGACUGAUUCGAAGAUAUAGCACUCCCAUCCCAUACCGGAAAGCUAUUAACUAUAGAGAAAAAUUGAGUGUUAUUUAUGCAUUUUGCAGCAUGAAUAUGCUUUGUUAUAUGGUUUAUCAGUACUCGAAGGGAAAAUUGUCAAAGGAAGAAUAUGGUAUUGAACCCACAAUAAUGGAUCAGUUACCCUCAUCUACACAAUUUGCCAUAAACCUUGGAGUUGAAAAAGCUAAAAUUUAUCGAAAAGGCAAAAUCGAGAAUUUUAAUAUAGAAGAUUAUGCAUAUGUUAAAGAAGAAAUGGCUAAGAAAAAUAUAAAAGAUGAUGCCGAUGAUGAGGACAAUGUAGCUUAAUUACGUUAUCUGUGCUUAUAAAUAUUAUUCAAUAAAUGUAAAUGAAAUUAGUUCGAUUAGAAGAUUAAAAAAUGCUUUGGUUUCAUUGCGGAUUAUGAAUAAAUAAAUUUAGAUAUGACAAAUAUGGACAUUCUCUUCUGUUUGUCUACUCAUCACGGAAAUUAAUUGAAAAUAAAGAAUUGGUUGAACAAUUAAAUUAAAAACGAA